AUGGAGAGGAGCCUUUCGGUUGUUGACUAUGGAUCGAUAGAAGUACAGCAGCUGGCCGUUCAAGGCAGCGAAACGGAUUAUGCUUAUGUGCUUUUCGCUUUAGGACGGCAAUGGUCCACGUUGUGUGGUUCAUCCAAUAAACAAAUCGGUUCAAUCGUAUUCCACCCCCUUAGACUCAGCCACGCAAAAGAUACCAGUACAGCUCACAAACGGCAAGUUAGAAGGACCCUUGGCGCACCGUUCGCCAAUCUUAGGGUCUACCGGCCAGUAGUGCUUCUUUCUGUAUUCUGUCUGCCUGGGAUGCGAGUAUCACUGCGCCCCUCUCUGCGUCCCGAGCGUUUGUCUCUCCUCAGUCAAAUCUGCUGGAAGGAAUUCUCGAAGAAAUUUGGACAUACGACUUGGCGUCCCUACCGGGCGCAGGGGCUGACGAAAGACGCCGGGAUCCGGACGCUUUUGGGCACCCGGGAACGGUGGGCCGUGCAUGUCAAGCGCCGGAAGAUCCACUUUACUAAGGAGCGGGGCUCCGCAAUUGCGAGUAUUCGCAUUGCUCGCUUCCCGUCGGCUGGCGGAUUGCCCCGUGUCCACAAUCUUCCAUCAACCUUCUUUAUUCUUAUUCUCUAUGGCCAAAACCCGCGUGUUCGCGUGAGAUCCGCUCGCACCCUCGAUCUGAGACGGAACGGCCAUCCCUCGUCCGUUGCCCAAUCUUCCUAUCCAAUGGCAACCCGUCGUUCCCAUACCAAGUCCCGCACUGGCUGUAGGGACUGUAAGCGGAGGAAAGUCAAGCUUGAACUUACCCAGUGCGAUGAAGCAUACCCGUCCUGCUUCAACUGCUCAAGACACGGCAUCCCAUGCAGUCUCUCAGCAUCACAGACCUCACCAGCAAACAUCACCCCCCAAAGAUCAACAACAACACCAUCUGUCAACGGCCUCAGCCCAGAAGCACCAUACAACUUCCUAGACGCCGCCAUCGACCAUGACAGGCUCCAUUCUCCCGCUCCGUCCAUCGGACACUGGGGCCACGGCCUGGAGUUGAUGCACCACUUCACGCUCGUCACCGCAAACAGCCUCUCCGUCCGCCCGGACAUGCAACACGUCUGGCGCGUCACCAUGCCCGAGAUCGGCUACGAUUGCCCGUUUGUCAUGCACGGCAUCCUCACAAUCGCGGCGCUGCACAAGGCGUAUCUGAUACCCUGGGCGCGGGACAAGUACCUCGACCUCGCGACGUCACAUCAGACUGCAGGCCUCGAGGGCUUCCGAACGCAGCUUCACACCGUUAACGACACAAACUGGAAGCCAUUCUUCUGCUUCGCGUCGCUCGUCGUCUUCUACGUCGCUUCGUUGCCCGUGCGGAUGGGGCAGGACCUCGACUCCGAGCCGGAUAUCAUGGGUGUCUUCAUCUUUGUGCGAGGGAUUCGUGCGAUCCUCGAACCAUAUCAGACAAAAAUUGUAAGGACGGAAUUUGCGCCAAUGGCGACAGGAAUAUGGACCAUCGACCCGAGUGAUCCAUCAUAUAAGCUCCCACCCCUCCACAACUCCCCACUCCCACCCGACGUCUUCGAAGCAAUCCAAGGCCUCUUAGACUUUUACACAGAAAACCUCCACGACAGCGCGCGCGAAGAGUACGUGACAGCCGUAAGAGAGCUCGAAAAGGCAGUCUACCUCAUGGCGCAUGCCGGCGCAAAUCUCGAGGUCGGCAUGAUUCUCUUCUGGCCGUACGUCAUCUCGGAGAACAUCAUGGCCGACAUACACGCCCUGAAUCCGUACAGCUUGGUUCUGUUGGCGUACUUUUCCGUGUUCUUGUGUGUGCUUGAGCCGACGUUUUGGUUCCUUCGGGGAUGGUCGAAGAGGUUGUUUGCCAUGGUUGAUGCGCAGUUGGCGGGACAUCCUGUGUUGUUGGAGGCUGUGAGUGUUCUGGUUACCUGUAAGCCUAUCUCGGUCAAAAACGUUGACGCCAUCUUGAAGCUCGAUGUGCGAUUGAGUUUGACCAGUGUUGAUGCCCUGGUCUCUCCCGCGGCGUGCCACGAUAGCAUUAAACAGUCUAAGUGGUUCGACACCCUUGCACCGAGCAGUUUUCUCCAAUUUCUUGCGCUGUGA